GGAACCUGUAAGACGCUGACAUUUGCACCUGCGUGGUGUAAUUAUAGCAUUUCCGAGGAACCGUGAAGGCACCAUACAUAGUCAAGGGAGGAGCGUCAACAUGGUGAAAUUUGGCCUCCAGUUCAAGGCCACCUUAGAAAACGUCACGAACGUGAGGCCGCUGGGAGAGGACUUCCGUUGGUUUCUGAAGCUUAAAUGUGGGAACUGCGGCGAAAUUCCUGACAAGUGGCAGUAUGUGACCUUAGUGGAGAGUGUGCCCUUAAAAGGAGGACGAGGGCACGCCAGCAUGGUACAGAAGUGCAAGUUGUGUGCCAGGGAAAAUUCCAUUGAUAUCUUGGCGGACACAAUAACAGCCUAUAAUGCUGAAGACAACGAAACCUUCAAGACGAUGGUUCAGUUUGAGUGUCGAGGUCUGGAGCCCGUUGACUUCCAGCCACAAGCUGGCUUUGCUGCAGUGGGAGCAGAAACCGGAACACCUUUUCCUGAAGUCAACCUGCUGGAAAAAGACUGGACAGACUACGAUGAGAAGGCCAGCAAGUCAGUCGGGAUCUAUGAGGUCACCCAUCGGUUCACUAAGUGUUGAUGCCGUCCUCCCAUAACCUUUAGGACGGGGUGAAUGAAACACUGCAGCCAAGACUCCAGACUCUGAUUCCUCCAAACCAGAGUUCCUCCUAAACAGAGAGCGUGGACUUUGAGUGAUGAGGAACAUAAAUGUAUGUGAAUGUGACACAGUUAAUUCCAUCCUGGAUGGAUCAGUUUAAUUACAUACAUGCUUUUUUUCUUUUUUUUACUACCUUUGUCAAUAAAGGUUAAGUUUACAAUUCUGAA